CCUCUCUCUCUCUCUCUACCCCUUUCAAGCUCCUCCCUCUCCCUCCUCCACGAGCGAGUCGAAUCCUCCAAACACUAACUCCAUAUCCGCUCUAGGGUUAGAAUCUGGGCUUCGUCGGAGAUGUCGCAGGGCGAGAAGUUGAUCCCCAACUUCGAUCCUCAGGUCAUCAAAGAGCUAAAUCUCACCGUGCUACGGAGAAUCGACCCCUUCGUCGAGGAGAUCCUUUUCAUCGCCUCUCACGUAGCCCUCUACGUGCUCAAUGUCGAGCUCAUGCAAUGGAGACGCAAAGAUGUCGAUGGGGCGCUCUUUGUCGUCAAGAGAAAUAACCAAGCCAGGUUUCAGUUCAUUGUCCUGAAUCGGCGCGGGCCAGAUAAUCUGGUGGAGGAUCUUUUGGGAGAUUUUGAGUAUGAAGUUCAGGUUCCUUAUUUGUUCUACAAGAAUGCAGCCAAAGAAAUAAAUGGCAUAUGGUUUUACGAUCCAGAUGAGUGUCAGGCUGCUUCUAAUCUUUUCAGAAGGAUACUGAACGCUUACUCACAAGUACUAUCAAAGUCUACAGCAUCUUCUUCUAAAAGCAAUGAGUGUGUAGAGUUGGAAACGGUUCAAACUUCAGCUGAAGAAGGUCAUUUGGAGCUGUCAACAAUAUCUUCUGACCCUGUUUCCAGUCUUCCUGAUGAUUCGUCAAUGAACCUUCUUAGAGCAGCUUUAAAAAAUGUACAACCCCAGGUGCCUUCUGUUAUUUCCCCAUUGCUGUUCCAGGACUCAACUAUCAUCCAUCAUUCUGCCCCUUCUUUGGUUACUUCGUCUACUCCUUUGAUGCCACUCCCUGAUACUCAUGAAUUUAGCAGCGACAACAGUUCUAUAAAUCUUGUGACACCAUCCCUUCUUGCACUUUCAUCCUCGCCUGCUGCCUCAGUAAUGCCGGCGGUCUCUGCCCUUCCUCUCCAUUCUUCUGUGACUGUGCAGUCUCUCUAUGACACCCAGUUGUUACAGCCCUCCUCUCAACCUAGUCCAUCUAUAUCUCACACUCGAGUUCCAGAACAGGGGUUGAUUAUUUCCAGAGAUAAUAUUCAGAAAGCACUAUGGAAACUUGUACAGAACGAGCAAUUCAUAGAUCUAGUGUACGAAGAGUUGCGCAAAGAACUCUAGUGAAGCCUAGUGGCAUAACUUUUGCAACUAGUUUUCUUCCUGUGCUUCCUGGUCUCCUGCAGCUGCUGGACCAGCACUUCUUGUACAGCUUUUGCUUGUCUCUGCUGCUGCUCUAUGUGCUUCUGGCUUGUACAAAAUUCUCGCUUCUGGAAAGAUACUACACAUGACAUUUACAAGCUUCAUUGUGCUAGACAGCUAAACAAUUUAGUCCAAUGAUGUAAUAAGUACUUCGAUGUAGACUUGAUAUGAGCCUGAAAAUUAAAACUCAAUUGUAUGAUAGACUUUUACAUGGAA